AUCACCCUGGCAGGACAGGGUACUGUUUUCAGGCUGCCUGUUGCAGGGCUUCCUCCGGCCGGGAUCUAGCGUCCUGGAGACACGGCGUGGCGCCAUGAGCCGCCUAGGCUCGGUGCAGCGGAAGAUGCCGUGCGUGUUUGUGACGGAGGUGAAAGCCGAGCCCUCGGCCAAGCGGGAGCAUCAGCCAUUUAAAGUUUUGGCAACCGAAACUCUAAGUGAAAAGGCGUUAGAGGCAGAUGUGCACAAUGCAAUUGCCACAGAAAAGGUGGAUGGGUCGUGUUGCUAUGUUACUAACCACAAAGGUCAGCCAUACCUCUGGGCUCGACUAGAUAGAAAACCUAACAAGCAAGCUGAGAAAAAAUUUAAAAAAUUGCUACGUUCAAAAGAAAACUCAAAAGUGCCUCUGUGGAACACAGAGGAAGACUUCCGGCCUGUCCCAGAGUGCUGGGUACCAGCAAAGGAAGUAGAGCGGCAGAAUGGGAAGCCAGUACCCGAUGAGAACGGACACAUUCCCGGCUGGGUACCAGUGGACAAGAACAGCAAGCAGUAUUGCUGGCAUUCUUCUGUGGUGAAUUAUGAGUUGGGAAUUGCCCUGGUCCUACGGCACAAUCCUGAGGAGCCUGGACUUUUGGAAAUUAGUGCCGUGCCCCUGUCAGAACUUUUAGAGCAAACCCUGGAGCUGAUAGGAACGAAUAUCAAUGGAAACCCAUAUGGGCUAGGAAGCAAGAGAUGUCCGCUGCACUUUCUCGUCCCACAUGGAGCCUUCCGGGUAGAAAACCUGCCGACCCUGAAACACAACGACUUGCUGUCCUGGUUUGAAGACUGCAGCGAGGGUAAAAUCGAAGGGAUUGUGUGGCACUGCGGGGAUGGCUGUUUAAUUAAGGUCCAUCGCCAUCAUCUUGGUCUGUGCUGGCCUCUUCCUGAUACUUACAUGAACUCCAAACCAGUUAUUAUUAACAUGAACCUAAACAAAUAUGGUUAUGCUUUUGAUAAAGAGUGUUUGUUUAGUCAGUUUUCAAAAAUAGAUAAACAGAAAUUUGAUAGGCUCAAAGAUAUAAUAUUUGAUGUAUAAAAUGUAAAUAUAGUUGGGAUUAUUGCAGUUUUCUAAUAUUGAAGAGUCUGCUAUGUUUACAGAAGAUAAAAUAACUCAAGGUUCUAUUUAAUUUUGCUAGCUAUUUGGCAAAAUGUUAUAACUUAUAAACAUUUAUGUAUCUGUUUAUCAAAAUCAAAGGAUUUGAAUAUCUUAACAUAAAACUAUAAAAUAAUUACAUCUGAAACUUCAAUUUUAAAUGGUAAAAUUGUUAAAAGCUUAUCUUUAUGCUUUUAGAAAAUUUAAGACAUUAUAAAAAUAGGAAUAUCAUAGCUCAUUGUACAUUGGAUAGCAAUAAAUAAUUCACAUCUUCAAAAAUAUACUUUUCUACCAAGUUAAAACUAAAUAUGACUUUAAACAAAAAUACAGUAUUUUAAGAGGUGAAUUCUGUAGUUCAGAGACUCCUUGAUUUCCAGCUGAAAUUUUUUUAACUUACAAAAUAAUUUUAAAUCUAUAGUUAAAUGUGGUCUUUAAUAAAUAGGGAAAUUAUUAGGACUUUCUCUAUCUUCCGUCUGUUCAAAAGUAGCAACAGGACUAGGUAAUUCAAAUCCAAACUGCUCAGAAAGCUUUUUUAACUUCUCCUCUAACAGAAUAUUCUUCUUCACUUCUUCCUUAUAGUUGUACUUCAGGUCUUCAAUUUCUUCAAAGAACGAAGGAUCAAAAUUCUCCAGUUCUUUUUUCAGCUUUUUAAUUUCCUCCUAUAAGUCACAUAGAGCAAUAUGUUUUUCAUUUUAAAUUUAGAAGAUUUGAUUACAAACAUUAAAACCCAAAUAAUACACACAGUAAAAUAUAAAGAAAAAUAUGGUGCAAUGGAACCUUGCUAACAAAAGUCUGCAGCGACAUCAAGUCUUUCUCUGAACUGCAUCAGAUUUUCUCAGGCAAGCAAAGGGACUCUGCUCUUCAUUACAUGGAAGUUAAUGUCUUUAGAGUUUUCAGUAUUUUCUUUAACUUUCUGGUUUUUUAACUUUUAUAAAUAAUAUUUAUGAUCAUGGAACUCCUGGGAUUUGUAAAAGUCAAGCAAUGAAUGUGAAGGGCACAUGCGCACCAAUUGCUGUUUACACUGCCCAGUGAUGAGCCAGGGCUCACUUCCAGGCUCCUGUGCUUCUGGGUCUUAAGGCAGAGCACAGAAAGGUUGUAAGGAAAAGAUCUCUGAACAUAAUUUCAAAAAGUACUUAGAAAUACUGUUCUCAGCAUGACCCACAAAUAAUGAAAAAAUUCUAAAAAACUGUUAAGAGGUAAUUUGUUAUGGCUUCAAAAUAAACUUAUUCUCCAUUCCUUUCUA